CUGACACAACACUUGAAACCCCAGCAGAAGGCUGUGUUGAUUUCAUCAUAAUUUGCUUCACAAUUCAGCUUCAUUGAGGACAGAACAGGUCCUCUUCUGACCUCAAUCUUAAGUCUUACUCUGGAAGCAACUUCCUAGGUAAAUGGAGCUACAGUAUUACCAUGGAAAUAUUACUAAAGAAAACUGUGAACAAUUGCUGAGCAAGAACAAAAACAAUGGCUGCUUUUUAAUACGAGACAGCGAGAGCAUCCCAGGAGCUUUGUGCCUUUGUGUUUUCUAUGAAUCGUUUGUCUACACAUACAGGAUCUUCAGGAAACACAAUGGACAUUUUAUGAUUCAGGCUUCUGAAGGUGCACCAAAACAGGACUUCAAAACUUUAAAGGACUUAAUAGCCACCUUUGAAAAACCAAAUCAAGGGCUAGUCAUCAAUCUGCGAUAUCCUGUAAAUAGAUCUACACCCAGCCAACAAACUCAAAAUCACUAUGAGUAUGAUGAUGACUAUGUGAAUAACGAACCCGGAGAUGACGAUUAUGUCCAUGUAUUGCCUGACUGAUUGAAGGACCUUCAUCUCAGGCCCCUUCUACACUGCCAUAUAAUCCAGAUUAUCAAAGCAAAUAGUCCACAUUAUUUGCUUUGAACUGGAUUGGAUGAGUCUACACUGCCAUAUAAUCCAGAUCAAAGCGGCUAAUCUGGAUUUGAUAUGGCAGUGUAGAAGGGGCCUCAGUUUGCUCCCAUUUUAUCAAGGAAAUCAACUGCAGUGGGUUACACUAAUACAGACUGCAGCUCAUUCAUGGAUGUUGGAAUCUGUCUUUGUUUCUCUCUGGAUAGUAUUCACAAACAUAAAAAUUUCUUACUUGUAAUUUUUGUAUAAUUGUAAUAAAAACCAAACCCUUCAAACAUUCAUCUCUCUACUCGUGGAGCUGAAAUCUAGACAUAACAUACUCAGAGGAGUGAGGAUCAUAUGGCCCUCCAGAGUUAGAUUAUAGCCUACAGCAUUCUUCACUGUUGCUUAUGCUGGCUAGUGUUGCCAUAUGGGCACUGAGGUACACAUAUUAUCCCAUAUAAAGUUUGAUACAGUAAUGACAUAAGCACAACACAGCAUCAGUUUCA